GUCAUAUGACUUGCACAUACCUGAGUGAUAUUUGUGAGAGAGGCAGUCGGACACACCAAGCUCUCCAACAUGAGGUGGUUGUCAGCAUUGCUGACACUCAGUGUGGUUGCUGUGUACUGUAGUCAAGCUAAAGAGUACGUAUUUUCUGAUUCAUCAGGUCUCGGUCGGAGGUUUGACGGGAUCGGCGGGCUGAGCGGUGGAGGGGCUACGUCAAAGCUGCUGGCCAACUACCCGGAUGAACAGCGGAACCAGAUUCUCGACUUCCUCUUUAAGCCCAACUUCGGAGCCAGUCUGCAGAUUCUGAAGGUCGAGAUUGGCGGAGAUGCACAAAGCACUGAUGGAUCCGAGGCGUCCCACAUGCACAACAGCUGGGAGGAGAACUACCACAGAGGAUAUGAAUGGUGGCUUAUGGGGGAAGCAAAGAAGCGGAACCCGGACAUCAAGCUGUAUGGUCUGCCGUGGGGAUUCCCCGGCUGGAUAGCAACCACCCCGCAGGACCCGUAUGUAAUACCACAACAGACGGCAACGUACAUCCUGAAGUGGAUCCAAGGUGCCAAGACGUACCACAACCUUACCAUAGACUUUAUUGGCAUCUGGAACGAAAAAGCGUACAAUGUCACAUACAUCAAAACGCUGAGGAAGACAUUGGACAGCAACAACCUGAGCAACGUCAGAAUAGUAGCAGCCGACGACAACGGUUGGGCCUUCGUCAAGGACAUGUUAAAGGACAAGGAUCUGGCUGAUUCGAUAGAUUACAUAGGGUCUCACUACCCAGGUACUGUGUCUCCUUUGGAUGCUCGUAUGACCAACAAACAGUUGUGGUCAUCUGAAGACUAUAGCACCUUUAACAACGACACUGGCGCCGGCUGCUGGGCUAGGAUUCUCAACCUGAACUACGUCAAUGGAUUGAUGACAAGCACAAUCUCCUGGAACCUGAUCGCCAGCUACUACGAAGGCUUGAAGUGGUACCGUGCUGGUCUGAUGACUGCGACGGAGCCAUGGAGCGGCAACUACGUCGUGGAGAGCCCUAUCUGGAUGACUGCUCACACCACACAGUUCACGGAGGUAGGCUGGUACUACCUUAGCCAUGACCAAGGUGUCGGCCGUUUGCAAUCUGGCGGAAGCUACGUCGGUUUCAUCAGUCUGGACAAGAAGCACCACACUAUCGUCAUUGAGACUAUGAGUCACGACCACUCUGUAUGUGUUCGGCCUCCACUGAAACCAUACAACGUAACUCCAUCUGAAAUCAUCCUCAAGCUUGAAGGAAGCUUCGCGAGCAUUACAGAGUUGCAGGUGUGGUACACCAAGCUUGAGUUUGCACCCGGAGUCGAUGAUGUCAUCUUUCAGAAACGUCAACCCCUGAAGGUGACCAGUGGUAAAGUGACUUUGUCUGUCGGUGUGGAUGAAGUUUGGACGUUGACGACCGUGACGACUGGAAACAAGGGCAGCUACCCUCCUCCACCACAGUCCAAGGGGUUCCCUCUACCGUAUCUGGAUGAGUUCGAUGAAGGAUACGAAGUUUCCAUGGAGCCUUUUAAUCUUGCCCAGCAAACCGGCUCCUUUGAGAUCAUGGCGGAGGACAACAACAAGUUCGUCCGUCAGAUGGUUCUACAGCCUCCCUUGAUGUGGUGUCACAACCUUGCUGAAAAGAUGCUGAACAGGAGCUUCGCUGUUAUUGGUGAUUAUAGUUGGACGAAUGUAUCCGUCAAGGCCAGCGUCCGCCUCAGUCCAGUUAACGGUACCAAGGGCGUGUUUCUGGCAGCACGGGUGAACCAGGGAGGCUGCGAUUCAUAUGAUACUACCGGCAUCUUCUUCUACAUCUUCCCCGAUGACAAGUUCUACAUCCUCUCACAGGACAUUUUGAGGACCCAGGUCGUCUCAUCAGGACGAAUCAAAUCUAACCCGGGCUACUGGAACACGUUCGAGCUGCUAGUCUCUGGUGAGGGAAUGAUCGGUUUUGUGAACGAGGAGAUGGUGAUGGAGGCACGUGCACCGUCUCUAGCAACCAGUGGGUUCGUAGCCCUAGGUACAGACACUUGGGGACUGGCAGACUUCGACAACCUCCUUAUAAAGUUCGCACCGCUACCUUAAGUCUUAACGCUAUUUUUCUCUGAUGUAAUUGCAAAUCAUAUAUUAUGAAUAAACACGUUGCGUUGUUCCGUCGAAA